AUGGCAAUGCAGAACAAUACACAUGAAGAGGAGGAAUUGCUAGGGUUGUUUGAAGUGAUGGGAGCUCUUCUGGAUGACCCUGAUUGGGCACAGGCACAUCCACAACCAUGUACAGAAACUCCAUGGCCUGGAGUUGAGUGCGAAAUUAGCAGUGAAGAUCCAUCAAUCUUUCAUGUCACAAAGAUCCACAUUGGUCCUGAUAUAAUCUUCCCACCCUGUAAACCAUCUGCUUACCUAUCAGAAUCCUUGGUGAAACUUCGUUACUUGAAAACCCUUUCAAUUUUUAGCUGUUUUGUGGCUUCACCAGUCACUCUUCCCACAACCAUCUUUCAUUCUUCUUCUGCCUUAGAACACCUGGCAUUGCAAUCUAACCCAACCCUCUCAGGAGAUUUACCUCCAACCUUGGGAGAGGUUGCUAGCCUUAGGGUCCUUAGCCUUCCACAGAACAGCUUACAAGGAAAUAUCCCAAGACAGAUUGGUGGGUUGCUUUGUCUAGAGCAACUUGACUUGAGUUAUAAUCACUUCAGUGGUCAAAUCCCCAAUGAAAUUGGAGGUUUGAAAAGUUUAGGCAUAUUGGACCUAAGUUGGAAUGAAAUCGAAGGGGAUCUCCCUGAUUCACUUGGGGAACUUCAACUUCUCACGAAGAUGGAUUUGGAUUCCAACAAGCUUACUGGAAAAGUACCUCCAACUUUGGGAAGGCUGAAGAGUCUAGUCUUAGUUGAUCUGAGUCAUAAUUUUAUAAGUGGGCCUAUUCCUGAAACCCUAUCAAGUUUGGAGCUUUUAGAAUAUUUACUCAUUGAUAACAACCCCAUAAAAGCAGGGUUACCGCCGUUCAUUGGUAACCUUAAGAACCUUAAAUCAAUUAGCAUCUCAGGAUGUGGAUUGACUGGCCCCAUACCCAACACUCUCUAUUCCUUGAAUAACCUAGCAGCUCUCUCCAUAAAUAACAAUAGUCUGAUGGGACCUGUGCCUUCAAAUUUGGGAUCACUCCCAAACUUGGACGAGCUGAAUCUGAGUCACAACAAUCUAAGUGGGGUUCUGCAGUUCUCGGAAGAGUUCAUUGGAAGACUUGGAACAAGGUUAGACGUGAGAGGAAACAGUGGGCUCUGCAUAAGCUAUCACCCAAACAAGAAGAACAUCUCUUCCCAGUUGAAAAUCCCUGUUUGUUUGAACAGAAGACACAGAAGUGGCAAGCCUUUUGCUGAUGCUGGAAUAAAGCCAUCAUGUUAUAGCAACAUUAACUCAAGUUCAUCAUGUCUGCAUCUAGAAGUCAUCCAGUUCACUUUGGCUUUAAGCUUUGCCCUAGAUUUUCUCAAUGUCUUCUAG